AUGAGGCGCAUUAAGAUAUUAUUAAUUAUAUUCUUACUAUGCAUUUUGAUUGCAAUUGGAAUAGUUGUAUAUGAAAUAAUAAAAGAGAUAAGUGUAAGUGAAAGUGAAACUAGCAGCGAGGCAUAUGAUAGCACAGAAAGUGAUAUAAUAAAGUCAUCUAUCAGUGCUCAAAGAAUUUAUCAUUCAUCCACACAACAGAACAAAAACCAAGCUACACCAAUAGUGGCGCCUGCUGCUUUUGCUAUCAAUCCACGUUCUUCUGUGGACAAUAGCCCCCUUAAUCAUACAGUGCCGCCGACAACAUCAACCACUUCUAAAGUAGAAGUAUUUAAUAGGCACACUGUAGAUAGUACAUCUUUAUUGGGUGACGUUUCUACUACCGAAAAUCAAGGUAGUAUUUACGAUUGGGAUUCUAAAAAACUAGAAGAGCAAACUCAAAGUAUCCAGUCCUCAGUAAAUGUUGAGAAAGAUGAUUUAGCUAAAAACGCAACUGUAUCUACAGAUUUUACAGCUAGUAGAAGCAGAUUGUAUCCACGGUUAGAGGAUGAUAUUAAUGACGAAAGAGUUUCUAUAGAUCCUUCGCCAAAAUAUACAAAAUUCACUACUGUUUAUGCACAUAAAUUACCACAAUUAAGUACAGAGUCCGGCGCUUCACAUGCUGCAUUAGACUUGGAUGACCAGCAGACUACAUCCCUAUCUAGAGGAAUAGAUGCAGUUUCUAGUAUAACUAAAGAAAAAGAAAAGGAGGAACAAAAAGAGAAAGAAGAAGAAAAAGAAAAGAAGGAAAUAAAGAAAGAAGAAGAAAAAGAAGAAAAGAAAAUGCAUCUAGAGUCUAAUUUAUCAUCAUUUAAAACGAUUAAUUCUAAUGAUAAAUCUAGAUCCAUUAAGAAGGUAGAAGCAGUUUCCACCAUCACACCACCUGCCGCAGACCCGAAUUAUGAUUUUACACUAACUAUUCCUGUGGAAGAAGAAAAUAAUUUAGAGAGCACAGAGAAAUCACUUGAAGCAAUCAACCCUAAUAAAGAAGGGGCGAUUUUCUCUAUCACAUCACCUGCUGCAGGCCAGAGCUCUGGUUCUACAGCAACUAUUCCUGUGAAAGAAGAAAAUAAUUUAAAGACUAAAGAGGAAUUAUUUGAAACAAUUGAUUCUAGUCUAGAUGGUGCCACUGCAGAAGAAAAAGAACUGGUUGGUAUGCUAAAUGAUAUUGCUAAGUCAAACCCAGCCCUACCAAGAGUAAACUAUUCUAAGGAUAAAGAAAUUAUUAAUGCAAUUAUUAAGAACAAAGAUGUGGUUGUAGUUGAAAUGUAUUUCAAUGCUUUGUGGUUGAAACCUAAAAAACUUUUUGGAAUCACACUAUGGAAAGUAUUAAACAAUAUUGUAAAAAAAGAUAAAAAACAGCUAGAGUUAUAUAAAAACUCUUUAAUAACAAAUGUUGCUAUUUCUUACCCUAAAGAACUCCAGCACUUCCUAAUCAUAACACAUGCUUUGCUAGGGUAUUAUAAAAACACACGAAGCUCCAUGAAUUGUUUAACGCUUAAUGGAUUUAACUUCUCAGAAAAGGCACAUGUUUUCAGCAAAUAUGACAUUUUUAAUCAUGUAAAAACACUUACACUUUCUAGAACCCAUAUUUUCGCUAGUACAUUAUCUCAAUUAAUCAAGAAUUCAAGAAUAUAUACGCUUAAUAUUUACAACAAUACAGUUAUAGAUUUUGAUUCUAAGUUAGAUCUAAGCUCAUCAUGCAUAUUGACUGUAGAAAUAGAUGGAAUAGAUGGAAAGUGUAUAGAUCCAUUGUUAACUGGAUUAGCUAAAGCGAGUAGGAUGUCAAGAAUGUCUAUAACCAACAUUGAUUUUAUGAGCGCUUCUGCACUUAAAAACCUAGCAGAGCUUAGUAAUGUACACGAAUUCACUCUCCAAAAUAUAGUUUUUGAAGGUUCACCUGACUUCUCCUUUCUUAGAAAAAUGGAUAAACUUUUUACUUUAACUAUGCACAAUAUUUUCUAUUCGUAUACAAAUGAAUUUAAAAUAGAAGACUUGGAUAAAAUUAAGCAGAAUCCAGAAGAAUACUUAAGAAUAACAGCUGAGCCAGAAGACUCUUCUGCACAGAAACAAAUAGAAUUAAACAAGUCAGACGAUAUAGUAAGAAAAAACAAAGCACUUGGCGAGUCUAUUUCUCCUAAUCUUAUGAUUAAUAUAGACGGAAAAUUAUACAAUGAUUUAGGAUUAUGCAAAUUAAAAUCCAAAAAUAAUAAUAAUUUUGGUUAUAUAAGACUUCAAUUGGCGCCCAGCUCAUUAAAUGCUAAGGCAAAGCAAGAUUCUUUUAUCUUUAGUUUUAAAAAAACAAAGCUUGAGGUAUUUAUUGAUAUAGGCAAAAAAAAGUUUAAAGAUGUAAUUGAUUGUCUUAAAUGCAUUGACUUUCCAUUCACACGGGAAACAGUUAUAGAUGAAAUUAUAUUUAUUAGUUAUUAUGAUAUAUCGAAUGAUUGUGGAAUGAUGGAAACGAUUUCUGAUAGGUUAUUUAAGUAUGCAGAGCACAAUAAGAUUAAGAAAAUCACAGUUUCAUCCUUUUUUACUCCCAUUCCAAUGGAUAUGUACAGAGUUGUUAUGUUUAAUAGCAAAAUGCCCACUCUUAAAGAAAUGACUCUAUCUAAUAUUAAACUAACACCAACUAAAACGCCUGCCCAAAACGAUGAUGAGAAAAAAGCAUUGGAAUCUUACUGCACUUUUAUUGAAAAAAAUUCUUUUUAUAAAGAACUUCACAUUGUAAAAGAUGGAAAUAUUAUGAAAAUAGAGCAAAAACCAAAAAAAUAGAGCGGUUAAUAUCAAACUAUUUGAUAAAAACAAGACAUAAAAAUAGAAGUGUGUCUUUAGUCUGUAUUAUAUAACUAUAACAAAUACCCAGCCAUUUUAGAUAAGCUACAGCUUAAAACAUUAUCAUUAUUAGAUAAUAGAAAUAAAUCGGCUAUACAUAAAC